UGCAUAUAUAGGCUGAACCACUCUCUACUCUCUACGUUACCACUUCCAUUUUCUCAUAACUGCUUCUCAAAAUUCACAUUUUCUUCAAUAAUUUAUAAUGGAGACCUCCGCCACCGCCGGCGACGGCGUCAGCGCCUGCUACAAGCCACUGCCGCCGCUCUACUUCGCUUUCAUGCUCCUCUGGCUUCUCUCCGCCGUCUCUUGGACCUUCAACACCUACAGAAACCGCCACUUUCAGCCGAAUAAAUUACAAUGGAUGCUAGCCUCUGUUCCCUGGAUUAAAUCCUUGCAACUCUCAUUCUCUUUCCUCUUUUGGUACACAUGUUUUUAUUCAAAUGUGUGCUCAUUGUGGAUGUCAUUUGGUGUGUACAUAAUGGGAGUGCUGUUCCAAACCUUUGGGUUGAUCUCCUUCUUCCUCAUCUCCCACGGCUACUGCAUCACCUGCCACCGCCUCUCCCUCUCCGAGAGGCGAACCGUCGCCGCCCUCGGCUGUGUCUUCUACUUGACUCUUGUUGGCUACAGAGCUUCUGUACCUUACUUCUCUGUCAUCCUGCUCUUAAACUAUGUGCUCGUCUUCUACAUUAUAUUCAACCACGUCGCGCACAACAUAACUGUUCUGCGCGACCAGCUCAGCUUCAUCGACAACCAGGAUGUCCACGCCAUGUACGACGCCGUCUACACAAAGUAUAUCAUGUUCAAGAAAUUUCAAGGUGCAAUGCAUGUUGUGGCUGUAUCAGAAUUUGCGAUGUUUAUUAAUUUGGACAAUUCGUUGGAGAGUUAUUGGAUUCGGUUGCUGGUGCGAGAGUGGGCGCAGUUGUUCAUCUUCUUGUACAUAGGAUGGAUCUUUAGGUCUCAACAAUUGGUGCCUCGUUUCUCAGUUAUGCCCAUUUUGAGGUCUAAAGGAGAGGCAAUUAUACCUCCAAUUUACAGCAUCGAAAUGGAUGCGGAGACGUUUAAAGAAUUCAGAUGUCACGAGUGGCAGAUUGGAGUGCCAAGUGUGGCGUGCAAGAGAAGCGUCAACAUCAAGGAUUCUUCAUCAGUUCUAGUAGUGAUUCAGCAUCCGCAUUUGCCUAACCACAUAUGAUUAAUCCACAACCGUUGGAUCUUUGGACAGAUCGGAUGGUGACUAAUUCUUCAUUAAUUAACUAAUUAACCCAUGACCUCUAAUGUAUCUAACCUCUCCAAUCUUUGUAUAUAUUUUUCACUUUCACCCCUACAAAAAAGGGUAAUACUUCUGAUUCGAAUCA